CGUCUUUCCAGUCUUUCACCUUCGCGACAUCAUUGGAUAUUGGAUUCUUCGCCAUCCUGACCUUGAGGUGGAUCUUGUUCCAAGGCUGCAAAAUCAUCGACUGUGAGGUCUGGAAAACAUGAGCAACACGAUAGAGCUUCCUACCGACUUGGACACCAGUUUGGCUCUCAAGUUCAUUCCCAUUAUUGAGUUCCAGGAGAACUUUUCCAACUUCGAGGAAUGGGAGCACUCUAUUCGGUUCUGUCUCCGCUACCACGACCUUCUUGAAUUCAUUGAGGGCAACCAGGAAAGCCAACUUUCCGACGACGAGUAUCGCCGGCGUCGCUGCUUUGU